AUGGAAGACCCAGUCAACGGAAGUGGCCACGAGCUACUUUUGAGAUUGAUCGACUCUCCGGAGUUUGAUCUAUACCUUUGCAUCAAUUACCUUCAAAAAUAUGCUGAUAACAUCGGAAUCCACUACUACCUCUGUCAACGCGCUUCAAAGUAUCCAAUUUCAGAGCUGAGAUUCUUUAUCCCCCAGUUUCUCCAGCUGUUGAUCACUGUUGAAACGGAGUCGGUCGCGUUGGAAGAGAUGUUACGGGACUUGUGCACCCGCGAUGUGCACUGCAGUCUGAUCACAUUUUGGCAUUUACAAGCAUUACUCCAGGAGCUCAGCAAAACUCCGGAGAGCAUUGGAUUUCAGACAUGCAAGCGCAUGCUCAAUGAUUUGCAGUUUCAGCUGUUCAACUUCUCCAACAAUCAUCAGACCGUCACAUCUUCAACCACGUCUACUUCCGGUGUGGUUACCAAACACGAGGUGCACAAACUCUUUAGAGAGAACGUGGCACCUUCGAUCAUUCUAGCGUCAUCUCUUAUUUCCGGAGUUACUGUUCCUCAGAGCACAAAGUGCGUCGAGCCUAUUGUGCGUAUUCAAGGAAAACAGCUAAAGUCGUUGGUCUUCGAGGUGGUCAAGGACAUCAAAAAGAGCUUGAACGAAAAUUUGACCAAGAAGAAUACCAUCAAUAAUGCCUUUAUGGGCAAAUCAAAAGAAGAAGUUGAUGAUAUCAGACUUGGCAGGGUUGGAAGUCGCUCGAAGCGUAGUCUUCCGUCGUCAGCAUCCGGCGAAACACAUAGAGAGGAGCUUAAUUUUGAGAUGAUUGACUCCUAUGCCGACAUCAACAUGCCAAGUCUGAGCAGACCGUCCAUCAAACCCAAAAAGUCGUCUCUGGCUUUGCUGAAAGCCAAGAGUGACAUUUAUGAUCAGCCAGUGUUGAAUUCGAACGAACGGCUUCAUGACCACGCAGUUUCCUCAAUGCCUAAUCUUCAUGUCACGUCUUCAAAUAAUUCGCUCAACGAGUUUCCUUAUUCCUCAGACGGAUCCUACGCUUCGUCGAUCAGAAACUCGUUUGACUACAGAGAUAGCAGCGAAAUUGAAAGUAUAUAUGGGGAGGAUACUAUAUCCCCAAACCAAACCCCUACAUCCAGAUCUUCACAGAAAACACCUCUUUCGGAAUCACAGAAAGUCAAGCUCCUCAAGUCCAACUACUUCAAAUAUGAAACUCAGUUUGUCAUUGCACUUCAAAACAUAUCUAUCAGGUUAGCUAAGGUUCCUAAAGAAGCCCGCUUGUCGACGCUGAAAGCUGAGUUGGCCACUUUGAAUAAAGAUUUGCCUUGCGAAGUGGAUAUCCCUGGUCUUUUACCUAAGAACAAGAAAGGAAAACUCCACAAAGUGUGCAAAAUUGCAGUUAAUGAGGCUGCAGUGCUCAACUCAGCAGAGAGGGUUCCUUAUUUAUUGCUGAUCGAAUACUUGUCGGAUGAGAUCGACUUUGAUCCCGAAACUCCAGACAACAAGAAGGUUUUGCACAAGCUCAAAGACGACAAGGGAGUCAACGAUACGUUCAAACUUAGUGACAAAAAAUACCGAUUUGAUCUUGCUUAUCCCAACACACCUUCAUCGUCAUCGUCUAUCAACUCUGCAGGCCGCAAGCAAAGUAGUAUUCCAAAGGAAGCCUACUUGGACACACUUGCUGCCGAGGAAUCUGAUCUGGCCGACAUUUCAGUUGUCAAGAUGAGCAACAAGAUAGAGAAGCACUCAAAGAAACCUCCUGGAAUGGGAAGAUCAAAGAGCUCAAACCCUAGAUUGGAGCCUGACUCACCAUCAACCGAGGUUAUAGAGCAAAAGCUUAAAAGUUUAGAACUCACUUUCAAGUAUCAAUAUGAAGCAGGAAUGGACAGCGAGAGCGAGCUUGCAAACCAAAUGAGGAUCGCAGCUGUGAUGCUUACUCAGCUAGAAUCACCAACAUCCACGAUGCCGACUGUUCAAGCCAACGAAAUCAAGGCAAGAAUUAUAGACUCAAUGAAGGAAAUGCAACAUGGUUUCGGAGUGGAAGGGUUGAAGGAAUUCCCCGGUGAGGCAGGUGAACGUAAGCUAUCCAACGAUCUGAAGGUUGCAGGUAUCAGCUAUUUGGGCGAGGACUGGAACACAAAGAAGGCCAGAAUCAGAGCCGAAUCCAAGUACGGGCAUUUGGAAAACUGGGAUUUGUUUUCGGUGAUUGCCAAAACCGGAGAUGACCUGACUCAAGAAGCGUUUGCAUGCCAGCUUAUUCAGGCAAUGGCCAAGAUUUGGUACCAAGAAAACGUGAAGGUGUGGGUGAAGAGGAUGAGGAUCUUGGUUACCUCAUCGACGACCGGAUUGGUUGAGACCAUUACGAAUGCUCUUUCGAUCCAUUCCAUCAAAAAAUCUUUGACCCAGUACUUGUCUUUGAAGAACGAGAAUCCUCGUGGCGAGAUCGCCACUCUCAAAGAUCACUUCCUUCGCAUGUUUGGAGAUGAGUCAAGUCCCCGUUACAAGCUUGCGCAGGAGAAUUUCUGCAUGUCUCUUGCUGCCUACUCUGUGAUCUGUUAUCUGCUCCAGAUCAAGGAUCGUCAUAAUGGUAACAUUAUGCUUGAUUCAGAAGGCCAUAUAGUCCACAUCGACUUUGGAUUUCUUCUUUCGAACUCUCCUGGUUCUGUCAGGUUUGAAGCUGCUCCUUUCAAGUUGACGAUGGAGUAUGUUGAUCUUCUGGGAGGCGAGGACUCGGUUUAUUUCCAAAAGUUUAGAAGUUUGAUGAAAGAUGCAUUCAGGUCGCUUAGAAAACACGCCAAUUCUCUCGUGAAUAUGGUGGAACUGAUGCAAAAGGACUCACAACUACCAUGUUUCAAAGCAGGAGCAAAUACCAGCGUCCAAAUGAAGCAGCGGUUCCAACUGCAUCUCAGCGAUGAGGAGCUCGACCUGUUCAUCGACAACGUUCUCAUCAACAAGAGUUUGGGAAGCAUCUACACCAGACUUUACGACCAAUAUCAGCUUUUGACACAGGGAAUCUAUAUAUAG